UUUCCCGCGUAUUUUUACUUGAGCUGCGACACCAGCGAGGCAUCGUCCGAAUUUUGGUCACAACAGUUCUAGUUUUCCUGCAGGACAGAUUAAAUAAAUAUACAGUUGUACGGAUAUGUCAAGCCCCGCUCGUUCGCCCAGUGUCGGAGCUGCCACGCCAAAACAGGGAGCCCGCACGCCUACGAGAGGCGUUGUUACGCACGAUGUGGAGACUCCCAUGCGCAUGGGGCCAGGUAGGGCCGGAGUUCGGCCCUCGGACAACAUCAGUUUGCCGCCCACAUCACCGGGAAACAUAAGUUUGCCGGCCACCAGUCCGGCCCGAGGACUGGGAGCCAACAUGAGUGAGAUCGAUUUAAGUUCGCCGCUCAACUACGGCACGCCCAGUUCGAUGGGCUCUAUUCGCACCCCGCGUUCCGGAAUUAGAGGCACUCCGCUGCGGGCACGUCCUGACAUCCGGACGGACAAGCGCAUCCGCCAGGUGGCCAUUGGCGGUGGCUCAGGGCUGGAGCCCAUUCCUGAGAAGGGUUCUGAGACCACCGAUCCUGUCUCUGAGUCCUCGCAAGCACCACAACUCGUUGUCUGGGGCACAAAUGUCGUUGUCAGCCAGUGCAAGUCCAAGUUCAAGUCGUUCAUAAUGCGAUUCAUUGACCCCGGUGCCGAGCAGGACGAGAUCUCCGAGAACAUCGAUGUGAAUCAGCCGUUGUAUCUGCAGAAACUGGAGGAGAUACACACUUUGGAAGAGCCGUACCUAAAUCUCAACUGUGCCCAUCUGAAGACCUUUGAUCAGGACUUGUAUCGCCAGUUGAUCUGCUAUCCGCAGGAGGUUAUUCCUGGUUUUGACAUGGCCAUAAACGAGAUGUUUUUUGAACGAUAUCCGGCCGCCCUGCUGGAGCACCAGAUCCAAGUGCGUCCCUUUAACGCAGACAAGACGCGCAACAUGCGCUCCUUGAAUCCCGAGGACAUGGACCAGCUAAUCAGCAUCAGCGGCAUGGUCAUCCGUUCUUCGAACGUUAUUCCCGAGAUGCGCGAGGCCUUCUUCAGUUGCAACAUCUGCUCCUUCAGCACUACUGUCGAGGUGGACCGCGGUCGCAUCAACCAGCCCACGCUGUGCACCAACUGCAAUACGAACCACUGUUUCCGCCUGAUCCACAACCGAUCCGAGUUCACGGACAAGCAACUCGUCAAGCUUCAGGAGUCACCGGACGACAUGGCAGCCGGGCAGACCCCUCACAAUGUGCUGCUGUAUGCCCACAACGAUCUGGUGGACAAGGUGCAGCCAGGAGACCGUGUUACCGUCACGGGAAUCUACCGGGCCACCCCUCUAAAGAGCGGGGGUCUCGGGUCUUCAGUGAAGAGCGUGUACAAGACCCACGUCGAUGUGGUGCACUUCCGCAAAGUGGACAACAAGCGGCUUUACGAGGAGGAGGAGGGCAAGGAUCACAUCUUCCCGCCAGAACGUGUUGAGCUGUUGCAGUUGCUGGCCAAGAAGCCAGACAUCUAUGACCGCCUGGCCAGGGCCAUUGCACCAUCAAUCUACGAGAACGACGACAUCAAGAAGGGCAUCUUGCUGCAGCUUUUUGGCGGCACAAAGAAGAAGCACGCAACUCUCGGCCGUCAGAACUUUAGAUCGGAGAUUCACCUGCUUCUGUGCGGUGAUCCGGGUACUUCCAAGUCCCAGAUGCUACAGUACGUCUUCAAUCUGGUGCCAAGAUCACAGUACACAUCUGGUCGCGGUUCUUCGGCAGUUGGUUUGACCGCCUAUGUGACCAAAGAUCCGGAGACACGCCAGCUGGUCCUGCAAACAGGUGCUCUGGUUUUGGCCGAUAAUGGUGUUUGUUGCAUUGACGAGUUCGACAAGAUGAACGACUCGACCCGUAGCGUGCUCCACGAGGUGAUGGAGCAGCAGACGCUGAGUAUUGCCAAGGCGGGCAUCAUCUGUCAGCUAAACGCAAGGACCUCCAUCCUCGCAGCCGCCAAUCCCGCCGAGUCGCAGUGGAACAAGCGCAAGAACAUUAUUGAUAAUGUGCAGCUUCCGCACACCCUGCUCUCCCGUUUCGAUUUGAUCUUUUUGGUCCUGGAUCCACAAGAUGAGAUCUUUGACAAGCGUUUGGCGAGCCAUUUGGUCUCUCUCUACUAUGUGACCCGGCACGAGGAGGAGGACACCAUGUUUGACAUGAGCGUUCUGCGCGACUACAUCGCUUAUGCCCGCGAGCAUCUCUCGCCCACGCUGUCGGAUGAGGCGCAGCAGCGACUGAUCCAGGCAUAUGUGGAUAUGCGCAAGGUGGGUGCCGGACGUGGCCAGAUCUCAGCCUACCCGCGCCAGCUGGAGAGUCUUAUUCGUCUGUCGGAGGCGCACGCCAAGGUGCGGCUUAGCAACGAGGUGGAACUGCUGGACGUGGAGGAGGCUUGGCGACUCCAUCGUGAGGCUCUUAAGCAGUCGGCCACUGAUCCGUUGUCCGGAAAGAUCGACGUAGGUAUCCUCACCACCGGACUAUCCACAGCAGCCCGCAAAAAACGUGCUGAUCUAGUGGCGGCCAUCAAGGAGAACCUCAAGAAAAAGGGCAAGGUUCUAACAGUUCCCUACCAGAAAUUGUUUAACGACAUUAAAGAGGGUUCACAAAUUAUGAUUACAAGAGAGCAGUUUGAGGAUGCUCUGAAGGAGGUUCAGGAUGAAGGCGCUAUUGUUGUCAUGGGCAAAAACACUAUUCGUAUUUGUUAAUUUUAUGUUUAUCUCAUUCGGAACCAUCAACUCAUUCAUUCCUAUUCUUAAGAGCAACUAAAAAAUGUUUUUCAAUAAAAAAUUUCUAACUA